AGAGCCAUGGACGUGGUGCUGCCCGAGGACCUGGCUCAGGAGGCCCGCCUGGCCCAGCGGCGGCAAGCCGAGCUGUGCAGACAGCGGCGGAUCUUCAACGCCAGAAACAGGCUUAUCGGGGGGGACCCGGAAGCCUGGGACAUUCAGGUGCACGACCAGAAGGUGAGAGAAGCCACCGAGAAGGCUCGGCAUGAAAUGCUGGCUGCCGAGAUGAAACAAAACGACAAAACCCUGUGCAUGUUGGAGAACCGGGAGAGGAGAGACAGGAAGACGCUCUGCAGGGCCAUCAGUGACUUCCAGCAGAGCUGCCAGCGGCCCGAAACUCGCCGUGAGUUCGACCUGUCCGACCCGCUGGCCCUGCAGAAGGCGCUCCCGGCCCGGGUGUCGGACAGCGACCUCCGCAACACCAUCUCGGGGAUGCAGAAGUUCCUGGGCGAGGACUUGAACUUCCCCGUGAGGAAGAAGUUCCAAGAGGAGCAGAACAGGGAGUGGUCCUUGCAGCAGCAAAGGGAAUGGGAGGACGUGCGAGCUGACCAGAAGGCCGCAGAGGAUCUGUACACACAGACAAGGCUGCAGUUUGAUGAGACAGCCAAGCACCUGCAGGAGCUGCAGAGGACCACCGACCGGGCGGUGUGCACGGCAGUGGAGGAGUUCAACAGGAACCAGGCCCUGGAGUCAGCGGAAAGAAAAAGGCAAGAGAAGCAACAAGAGCAAGAGGCCAACCUGGCCGAGAUCGCCCACCUGCUGCGCGGGGAUCUGCUGAGCGAGAACCCGCAGCAGGCCGCCAGCUCCUUCGGGCCCCACCGCGUGGUCCCUGACCGCUGGAAGGGCAUGAGCCGGGAACAGCUGGAAGAGAUACGCCUGACCCAGCAGCAGCAAGUCCAGGAGAAGCUGAGGCUCCGGGAGGAAGAGCGCCAGCGUGAUCUGGACUGGGACCGGCGCAGGGUCCAGGGUGCCCGCGCCACGCUGUUGUCGGAGCGGCAGCAGCAGCGGCAGCAACGACACCUGCGCAGGGCCCUGGACAGUAGUAACCGCAGCCUGGCCCAGGAGCAACAUUCCCAGAGAAAGCAGAUGAAUGAAGUCUAUACAAACCAACCGACGGAAGACUACUUCACACAGUUUAACACAAGGAGCCGAUAG